AGGGAUCUCAUACGGACUACACCCAGCACUGCCUCCCUGCUCUGGCUUCAUUUGAUCCACAGCAUUGGCCAAAUAGUGGCAUAGACUGGAGACUAAAGAGAUUUUUGGCUAUUAGACAGCCUUUUGUGUGGCCACAUAUUCAGCGCUUUUAAAAUAUUAGUUCAUUUUCUUCACAAUGUCUUGGCAAAGCUACGUGGAUAACCUGAUGGCCGAUGGUUCCUGUCAGGAUGGCGCCAUUGUUGGAUAUACGGACGCCAAAUAUGUUUGGGCAUCACAUUCUGGUGGUACUUUUUGUAAUAUCACGUCCCAAGAAAUUGACUCUCUUAUUAGCAAGGACAGGACCUCAAUCUUCACAAGUGGGCUGACCCUAGGCUCAAAGAAGUGUUCAGUUCUUCGAGACAACCUGCAGGAUGAUGGAGAAUGGACAAUGGACAUCCGGACAAAAAGCCAAGGAGGAGAACCUACCUACAAUAUCUCUGUAGGAAAAGCAGGCAAAGUUUUGGUUCUUGUUAUGGGUAAAGAAGGAGUCCAUGGAGGCGGGUUGAACAAGAAGGCCUUCUCGAUGGCAAAAUACUUGAGGGAUUCGGGCUUUUAAUGUUUUUCAAGUUUGCAUAGUUCAAAUUGUGGGACACAAAGAAGAGAAAAGAAAUUGCUGUUAAGAUUUC